GUCUGCCUCACUCCAUAAUGCUUGACUAAGCUCCUCUUAAGUUUCAAAUGCUCAGUGGAUGAACCAGUAACAAAUCAUGUAUGCAAAAUAUGCUACUAGAUGAAUAUGCAAAGUUCUUCGUUAUAGCUUUCACCAUCUAUUUCCCUUUUUCCUAAUCCUAUUUCAUACUUUGCAUUCAAAUCCAUCUUUCAUCACAGAAAUUUCAGGUCCUUCAGUUGCUAGCUCAAUCAUGUAUAAUUUUCCGUGUUUUUUCAGGAAACAAUAAAGAUGGAAGCAGCUGCUCUGUUAGAAAUUUUUGAAGCAGUAGGCUUUUGAGAUCUCAGGAGAGGACUACCUCUGUUAGCUUCACAAUGCCAGUUCCGCUUGCUCCAUAUCCUACACCACCAACACCAUUUACACCACCUGCUAACGGUACGCAGAGCCAGCUUGUGUGCUCUGGAUGCAGAAAUCUUUUACUCUAUCCAGUUGGAGCAACAUCUGUUUGCUGUGCAGUUUGCAAUGCAGUAACAGCAGUACCACCUCCGGGCACUGAGAUGGCUCAGUUGGUUUGUGGAGGCUGCCACACAUUACUAAUGUACAUUCGUGGAGCAACAAGCGUGCAAUGUUCGUGCUGUCACACAGUCAAUUUAGCUAUGGAAGCAAAUCAGGUAGCACAUGUGAAUUGUGGCAACUGCCGCAUGCUGCUGAUGUACCAAUAUGGAGCACGAUCAGUGAAAUGUGCAGUGUGCAAUUUUGUGACAUCGGUAGGGGUUUCAACGAGCACAGCUGAGCAAAAGUUUAACAGCUAACUUUAGAGCAGCUGAGCCAGUGCUAGAAACUUCUAUGACUAAAGUUGUCGUGUUAUGUGUCAGCGGCAUUGCAGCUGCAUCAACCGGAGGAAAUUUCUACUUGCUACUAGGAUAGAGCUAUUACAGAGCUUUUUUUUCCCUCGUGCAUCUGUAAUAGAAUAAGCAGUUUUGCAGGUUGAGCCUACAAAAGGUAUUGUAUAUAAUGGUAUUGCGUUUGUAA